AUGCGCUUCAUCUCGACCCUGCUGGCGGCAUUGCCGCUUGCCGUCGCCGCUCCAGUCAUUGAAGAACGACAAGCUCCUACGCUGGGCCGGUACAUUGUCGUCUUGAAGCCCGAGGCCACGGAGUCGGUCCUCCGGGACUUGAUCGUCGAGAUUCUCGUCGACCUGACUCCCGACUUCGUCUACAACAUCAGAUCGUUCAAGGGCUUCGCUGCUCCCCUGUCCGAGGCUCUGCUGACCACCAUCACGAGCCUAUCUUCUGUCGCCUACGUCGAGCCCGACUCAACCGUCUACGCCUCCGCCCUGACCACCCAAUCCAACGCCCCGUACGGCCUGGCCCGGAUCUCGCACCGCAGUGCCGGCAGCACCGACUACGUCUACGACGACACCGCGGGCGCAGGCACCUGCUCCUACAUCAUCGACACGGGCAUCUACACCGCGCACAGCGACUUCGGCGGCCGCGCGACGCAUCUCGUCGACUACAGCGGCGAGAACUCCCCGGUGGAUGGUAACGGCCACGGCACCCAUGUCGCCGGCACCGUGGGCAGCGCGACCUACGGCGUCGCCAAGAAGACGACCCUCUUCGCCGUCAAAGUGCUUGGAGCCAACGGCUCCGGCACCAACGCGGGCGUCCUCGCCGGCAUCAACUUCGCCGCCAACGACGCGCAAACCCGGCCCGGCUGCAGGGGCAAGAGCGUCGGCAACCUGAGUCUGGGCGGGGUGCGGAGCGCGGCGACGAAUGCGGCGGCGGCUGCGGCGGUCGAGGCGGGAUUGUUUCUUGCCGUCGCGGCGGGGAAUAGCGCCAUGACUGCUGAGCUGGCGUCCCCGGCGUCGGAACCUAAGGUUUGCACUGUCGGUGCGAGCGAUGCGGCGGAUAGGCAGGCGAGCUUUAGUAACUACGGGCGCUUGGUGGACGUGUUUGCGCCGGGGGUUAAUAUCUUGAGCACGUGGAUUGGGGGGACUGGUGCUACGAACACCAUCUCGGGCACCUCAAUGGCGAGUCCGCAUGUCGCUGGACUAGCUGCCUAUCUGUUGACGCUGGAGGGUGGGAAAGCCCCGCAGGCACUUUGCCAGCGCAUCAAGGAUCUUUCGUCCACGAUGGGCCUGGUCUUCCCUCCUCUUCUAACGACGAACAAGCUGGCUUUCAACGGGGCCACCGCCUAG